UAAGGUGAUUAUUUUCUCUCAGGGUCUUUGAAAAAGCUCGCUCGUGCUUGGGUUUGUGUGGUUCGUGGCUGAGUCCGGUGACGUCAGUGUGGCAGUGCGGAGUCAGGCGCCACGGCUCCCUAUAAGCCGAGGAACUGUCCGGGUGCUGAAACAGCCCGAGGAGCUCACCGGGCGGACCAGGACGAUCACGCUGUGAAAACCUUGUCUGCCAGCUGAAAAAGAGGAAAUCUUUCAAACAUGGCAGAAGCUAAGACCCACCAGCUUGGAGCAGCCCUGUCUCUCAUUCCUUUAAUUUUCCUCAUCUCCUGUGCCAAAGCAGCUUCAUUUCAACGUAACCAGCUGCUUCAGAAGGAACCAGACCUCAGAUUGGAAAAUGCCCAAAGGUUCCCUAGUCCCGAAAUGAUCAGGGCUUUGGAGUACAUAGAAAAGCUCCGGCAACAAGCUCACAAAGAGGAAAGCAGCCCAGAUUAUAAUCCCUACCAAGGUGUCUCCGUUCCCUUUCAGCAAAAAGAAAAUGGAGACGAAAGUCGCUUGCCAGAAAGUUCAAGGGAUUCCCUGAGUAAAGAUGAGUGGAUGAGGAUAAUCCUUGAAGCACUGAGACAGGCUGAAAGCGAGUCUCAGUCUGCACCACAAGAAAACAAGCCCUAUUCCUUGAACUCAGAAAAGAACUUUCCAGUGGACAUGACUGAUGAUUAUGAGGCUCUACAGUGGCCAGAGAGAAAGCUUAAACACAUGCGCUUCCCCCCUAUGUAUGAAGAGAAUUCCAGGGACAAUCCCUUUAAGCGUACAAAUGAAAUAGUGGAGGAACAGUAUACUCCUCAAAGUCUUGCUACCCUGGAAUCUGUCUUUCAAGAGCUUGGGAAACUGACAGGCCCAAACAACCAGAAGCGUGAAAGGGCUGACGAAGAGCAAAAGCUUUACACAGAUGAUGAAGAUGAUAUCUACAAGGCCAAUAACAUCGCUUAUGAGGAUGUAGUUGGAGGAGAAGACUGGAACCCAGUAGAGGAGAAAAUAGAGAGUCAAACCCAGGAAGAAGUGAGAGACAGCAAAGAGAACAUAGAAAAAAAUGAACAAAUUACUGAUGAAAUGAAGCGUUCGGGGCAGCCGGGCCUCCAGGAUGAAGAUCUCCAGAAAGAGAGUAAAGACCAACUCUCAGAUGAUGUCUCCAAAGUAAUUGCCUACUUGAAAAAGUUAGUGAAUGCUGCCGGAAGUGCAAGGUCACAGAAUGGGCAAACUGGAGAAAGGGCAAUCAGGCUUUUGGAGAAACCACUCGAUUCUCAGUCUAUCUAUCAGCUGAUUGAAAUUUCAAGGAAUUUACAGAUACCACCUGAAGACUUAAUUGAGAUGCUCAAAACCGGGGAGAAGCCAAGUGGUUCAGUGGAAACUGAACAGGAGUUCGAACUUCCAGCUGACCUAGAUGACGUCUCUGAGGCUGACUUAGACCGCCCAGACCUGUUCCAAAAUAAGAUGCUCUCCAAGAGUGGCUACCCCAAAACACCUGGCCAUGCUGUGGCAGAGGCCCUUCCAGAAGGACUCACUGUGGAGGAUAUUUUAAAUCUUUUAGGGAUGGAGAGUACAGCAAAUCAGAAACCUCCGUAUUUUCCCAAUCAAUAUAACCGAGAGAAGGUUCUGCCAAGGCUUCCUUUCAGUCCUGAAAGGGCUAAAGCAAAUCAGCUUGCCAAAGCUGCCUGGCUGCCAGAUGUUGACAACAGACAAAUGGCAUAUGAAAACCUGAAUAACAAGGAUCAAGAAUUGGGAGAGUACUUGGCCAGGAUGCUAGUUAAAUACCCUGAGAUCAUUAAUUCUAACCAGAUGAAGCGGGUCCCCAGUCAAGGCUCAUCCGAAGAUGACCUCCAGGAAGAGGAGCAAAUUGAGCAGACCAUCAAAGAGCAUUUGAAUCAAGGAGGCUCUCAGGAGACUGACAAAGUGGCCUCGAUAAGCAAAAGGCUCCCUAUAAGGGUCCCGAAGAAUGACGACACCACAAACAGGCAGUACUUGGAUGAAGAUCUGUUAAUGAAAGUGCUGGAAUACCUCAACCAAGAAAAAGCAGAAAAGGGAAGGGAGCAUAUUGCUAAGAGAGCGAUGGAAAAUAUGUAAGCAGCUGUCAUUAAUUGCCCGACUUUCACUCCUCCCAUUCCAAGCAAACCCUAACAUAUCUCUUUAGUGUGUUGACAUCUAUUCUGUUUAUACUGUAAUAUCUUUAAAUGAUGUACAGGCAGAUGGAUCCAGGCCACUGGGGAGUCUGCUUCACUUACUCUGAGCUGUUCUCUUGUGUAUGGAUGUGUAUAAAUGUUAUGACUUCUGGAUAAAAAAUUAAUCAUGUCCUUUAUUCCCAGAAAGAAAUCUAUGAUAGUGUUUAAUAGUGUACCUAAUGGCUGUGGCAUUGUUGAUGCACACAUAUGAUAAAGAGUGUCUGAUAACUCUCAAAAGUUUUUAAUAUUUAUUGAAUUAUUUUGUUACUGUCUGUAGUGUUUUGUGGAGUACUGCAGCAAAAAAAAAAAAAUAAAGCAUUAUAAAUGUAUAGUUUUAUUUACAAGGCCUUUUCUAUUGUGUGUUUUAUUGUUGAUUAAUAAAUGUUAUUUGUGGACAA